AUGGACGCUAAGGCUGCCCGUGUGCUCCCAGCGUCUUGUCGCGUUACGGAUGCUGCUGAUAUUAGGGGGCUGAACGGCCCCAUCGCAGGCGACGACGGGCGCACUCGGUGUGGUACCCUCGGUGGUGACGCCUCGAGCGAGCGUAACCCUGAGAGUCUCGAAACUCGGGGUGUGCUUCUGCGUUCAUCAGAGCCGGAGGCGUUUCCUAGCUUUCAAAGUUCGGGUGAAACUUUGAAUGAAAAGUCUCACCUCCGAAGAAGUGUCUCGUUGAGUUGUCUCGAGGGCUUGCCAAGGCGGCUCUGCUGGCGAGAACUCGCAGUGUUGCUGUCCUCAGCUCCCGAUAUAAAUGGACAGUUGCGAGAACGACGAUCGGGUUCGAAUGAGUUUCUGUUCAAGCGGACUCGAAGCGAGGCAACCAUGCACGCGACUUUCCUCCUUGAUAUGCCGGUGCAUGUGAGCGAAACAUUCUCCCAUGUACUUUUAGACGAAGUUGCACAGGAGUUCGGCAGAGUGGCCGUGUUGCAACCUGCCUGGACGGCCGGAGCGCACAUGAUGCGCUCUGAUGCACUUGCCACUGCUGCCGUUUGCGCGCCGUCGAUGACCGGGCGCGGUUCGUUACCAGGACCUGCACGAGUACUACCAGCACAUCACUGGGCUCCACCGCAGCGUCCGAAGAUGGUGCCAGAUGGUCACCUGAAGAGAAGCAAUUCCAUUGAUUCACUUCGUGGCUGCCAGCACGAGGCGUCGCAAGCGCAAAGUGCCCGUAGAGAGGCUCUACGCCGUUUCCGCCAUCUCCUUAUGUUACAGAAACUUGAACAGCAUGAGGAUUCCCCGCUGAGCACACCACGAGAGACAACCGAGAAUAUACCUGAUGCAGCUGUCGAAGACGACGAGAUCGUUAGGCAUGGAGCGGCCCUGAGUGUGGCACCGGACGAUAGAGCGGAGCCGAGUCCCGCAGUGUCUCUUCGUGUGGAGAGCGCUUCGCCAGCAGAGCCAGCGAUCGUGCGACCUCAGUGUGCCGGACGCGCUACUGAAGCGCUUGCACAGAGUGUGGAUCGUUCUGCUGCAUCACUUCGACGGGAACGGCAUGUCAUGGGGUUAUCUGCCAGAGAUGUACCCAGCGCUGCUUCUCACGCGAAAACCGGUUCGUCUUCCGCGGCUCUCGUGGUGCCGUGGCGGAAACGCUGGGCACUGUUGUGGUACGACCAAGCAUCGCGCCCGACGGUUACCGUUCGCACCAUCGUUCGAAGCAUGGUCUACUGUCUCUAUGAAUCGUUAUGUUUCUGGGGUCAUCGCGAUUUGGGUCGCACGCUGAAGCUCGCCCUCGAGACAUGCCUUGAUGAACUGCUGCCGCCGGGGAAGCUCAGUUGUCGUCGCAAAGUUCUCGAGUACCUUGUUCCGUGUGGUUGCGGCAGCUAUGUGCUUUGGUACUUGCAACGUCGUCGCAUUGUCGCCGGCAAGCCGGCACUCUAUCAGCUACCGCGCUUCCAUUGGACCCACUUGCGUACGUGGCGAUCCGCCGCAUUCACUGUCACAUAUCGCAUGCUCCGUCUAGCGGUUAUUUAUCGAUUUUUUCUCAAGUUCGGGACGCCGCUCUAUCGCCUCGCGACCUUGUUGGCGCUCGUGCUCUCUUUUUUCCGGGCCGAGAUUCUCAGCGAUCUCUUUCGCAUCCGGCAGUGGCCUCGGUAUAUUUCGUUUGUCCAAGGCACGCGCACGGUGAUUCGUAGCGUCGUGUACGCUGCAGCGUUCAGCAUUCCGCUCGAGCGUUUCGGUUCAGCGUUUGCGAUUUCGCGGCGGCGGGCAAAUAUUCGCAAGGCGAUAUUCUUCGGCACGGUGAUGUUGAGUAGUCGAGUGCGCCAUUUCGUGCGGCAGAUGCGCCGUGUAUUUGAAAGCAAGUCUCUUCGCGGAGCGCGCCUACUUGCAACCCACGGCGUCUCGUGGACCUGA